CUUGAGCUGGGAACACAGAUUUUUAGGUGCGGUUUUAACGUUAAAUAUUUUCAUUCCGUUUUUUUUUUUCCUUUUAUUAGGUGUGCAUGAUUUUAAAGAACUGUUGACAUAAAGUGUAAAGUACUAAGCACUCUCUUUGGUUACAGAUUGGCGAGGAAAUUAAGAUGGAUGAAGAUGAUCCACAUGCAAGGAAACAAUACGAAGACACUUUUUUAAGACGGUUCAGUGGACUUCAAACUCGGUUCAAGAAAAAUGUGACAAGUGUUGAGAAAAAUAAUUGGACCGCGGAUCACAUAGCACUGCGUCGAGCAACUCUUUUUCUCUUAAGAACGCAAACAUUUAAUCAAUUUAGCCCUGAAAGCAUAAGUGCAAGUGUUCCACUAAAAGAAAGGAGAGAAUGGAUGCUCAAUUUGGAGCGCGGUAUAAGCGAGGGUUGGAGCUCCGCCAAAGCGCUAGGGCUUUCUUUAUCCAAAACAGAUGAGGCGUGCGUCCUGCAAAAUUUGGUGAAACUUCGAAGUGAUAUAUCCUAUGUCGAGCAGGAGGAAAUGAGUGGUUUUGUUGCACAGUAUCCAGAAGACGGUGUUCCCAAGCAUAAAAAUAAAAUGGGAAGCAAAUUGUCUACAAAUGAAGGGUCUGGUUCAUCUGGAGGAACGCAGUCAGCAGAUUGGUACCGUGAAGAAAUCAGUGAUGUAAUUAACAGUGUGAUAACUCGCGCUCAAAUGCUAAAAGAAAGACUGGAGGAGGCUAGUGACAAAUCUGUAGACGACGAAAUCGUUACUCUGACUAAAUACCUUCUGAUGGCUAUUCGCACAGCCAAGAUUCGUCUAAAGGCAACUUAUGUUCAUGUUCCUUGGGAAGAGAUGGAAUUUUUCCUUGUUGCCUUUGUUGAGUCACAGACUAAACUGGACACAUGGUCUUUUUUAGUUGCAACAGUUGAGAGGACGCACUGCCACCUCCUAAUGUUUAUCACUGAAGUUAACUCAUUACUGGAAUACUGCGCAACGAAUAAUGUAAAAGAAUUACAUCAACUUCCAAAUGUCAGCAGGUCGUUGUUUAUUACAACGAGCGUGAAAAUGUUUUGGCGACAGCUGUACGACGACUGCGCUGUGUUGAGAGACUUGCAGUCUCUCCUGGCGAUUGAUAAAGUGUUGGGGACAGCAAUUGAAGUCCUGGAUAAAAACGAACAGCAGUGGACAGAUCAUGGGUUCCUUGUUUUGCGCAGGGCCCUGUUUGUUGCGGGUGAGAAAAUGAAGAACACUUGGGAGUCUCCUAACCUGUCGGAGCGCUAUCAGCAGGCCAUCAUUCACCUGGCUCCGAACGGUGUAAACAGGAUUUUGAGAUCUGUGCGUGAUGGGUUUGCCCACGGUAAAGGCCACAGCCUGGAGAACCUAAGAGAGGGAACCCGGAGAGCAGAAAUGAGAGAAGAACUACGGUCGGUGAGGGGUGCGAUCUCUGUCCUAGUUAUUGAUGCUGAAUGGGAACUGCUACUUAAGUUCUAUGACCACAAACAAUUAAAUGAAAGCGACGUCACUCGAGCAGAAUUAUGUUGUUUUGAUUUCAAGGACACGAAGGAUGAGAUUCCGGUCUAUACGAAAGUUCUUGCUGAAAUGAGUAGGACAUUGAAAGAAGGAGGAGGGUCAGUUGAAUUGUAUAUGACUUGGGAGGGGUUGAAGAAAGAUAUUCACGACUUGAACAAACUUCAGGGAGAGUAUGUGAAUAGACGCAAGAAGUACAUUUUGGGGGCAACGAGAGAGAAAUCUGUAAGCUUGACAUAUUACUCUCGACACCUCGAGUUUCACAGAUUACUCGGUUGCUCUUUUAGUGAUCUGCCUCCUUGGUCGCCUGCUGUUGAAGCAUUUAGGUCCUACAUGUCUUAUCGCACCUCUGAUGCUCUCUCGGAACUUAUUCAAUUGCCAUCAAAUUACAACGUCCCAGAUUCCCGACGUAGAGAUGAUUACAAAUGUGCUGCUGAUUCUUUGAAGAAGCUCAUCACUCCGUCAAGGACGCAUGCAAGUGAGGCUGUUGAUUCACUGAUUAUUGAAGGAGGCCUACAGAUAGUCGGAAGCUCUUGGUUUUCGGGUAUCGCUUCAAAACAUCACCAGGCAAAUAAGCAAGAAAAAGGGAAGGUACAAAAGAUUCAGAACCUGUCGCAGCAGCCCAUCAGUGAUAUAUUCUGGCCAGUUUUAUAUGGGAAACGUCUGCGGAAUUAUUUAAACCAUGGGGACAGAUUUAUCGAUGUUUGCUUUACUCCUAGUGAAGAACUACGUGCUAUGGGAAUGGUGCUUAAUAUCAAACAGGACCAUGUUGUUUUACCUCCUUGUAGGCCAAAAAAAGACAGUGAUGAGGAAAAUGAACGAAUUCUGAAGCUUACUAGACUAAAAUGUGAGAUGUUUAGGUUUGCUGAGAAGGGUGAAUUUGAAAAUAUUUGUUUGGCUGUGGAAAAGGGUGCAGACUUUGCAGGUAGAGACGUGCGCCUUCGCGGCCUCUUGCACGUCGUGGCUGAAAGAGGACACGUGCAAGUUCUCAGAUACUUGCUACGUCUUCGCGAAGUGCAAAUAGAGCUCCAGGAAGGCAGCUUGGACUGGAAUGGGCGUAAUGCACUCCAUUAUGCUAGCAGCGUUGAUGUCGCAAAGGAGCUAGUCAAGGCUGGUUUAAGUGUGCACACAAAGGACAUCUCCGGUCGAACCCCACUACACGUCGCUGCGUCGCGUGGCCUGUUGUCGGUUGUUGCGUUUUUCUUGGACCAGAAAGCCCUACCGUCUGCCAUAGACUACUCAGAAUGCUCACCACUUCACCUUGCUGCUGCAGCCGGCCACACAGCCGUCAUGAAACUUCUGCAUAAAAAGACUGUUGGAAGCUUGAGUCCUGCUAGACAGAAGACGCCGCUGAUGUCUGCAGCAGAGUCAGGCAAUGCCCUUUCCGUCCAAUGUUUACUCCGUGAACACCCACGCUCAAAUUGCUUAGAAUCAUGCCAAUUCGCCGCAGAGACGGGGCGAUAUCAAGUGUUUCACGAUUUGCUUCAAGAGCUCAGAAAUAGGGGCCACAUAUCCUGGGAAGAAUUGAAAACAGUCGCCCUUUCAGUCGUAGAGGGGGGCUCUGGGGAAAUUAUGGAUUGGUUUCUGUCAGAGUUCUGUUCAAAGCAGAAUACUGAUAAGCUCAUUAACUCCACUGUUGAUGGAGACUUCAAACUUCUCCAAGUUGCCGCUAAAAUUGGCUCACACGAUAUUGUGCAAUGCCUCAUCAAACAGGGUGCAGAUCCAAUCGGAAACUAUAAUACAGAUAAGACUGCUCUUCAUUUGGCAGCGGGAUGGGGCUUCCCGCAGACAGUGGCUAUCCUGCUUCGUAGUAUUCCCGAGGACCAUCCCUUGCGGACAGGGCGGAGGCUCAUAAUGCCGCCCCUAUGUCUUGCUGCGCUCAAGGGACACACAGCUGUCGUUGAGCUCCUGAUAGCGGAAGGCGCAGAUGUCGACGCACCGCCCCAAUGGGACAAGACAUGGAAUGCUGUUCACUUUGCUGCCGAACACGGUCAUCUUGCAGUGCUGGAGUGUCUUUUGAAGCAUGGAGCAAAACCUCACAACAUGGAGACCAACACGCGCACUCGCACUCCCCUGCAUAUGGCUGCCUACUAUGGCCAUCUUCCUGUCAUCCAAUGUCUGCUGCCACCCCUGCCAGCGAAUCUGAAGGACCGUCCCAAGGUUGGCGAGGAAGAAUGCAAACGUCGCUUGGAUUUCUUGCAAAGUGCAGAAGAUGAGAGAGACGGCGGUACUGUGUUACACUUUAGCAUGAAGUCAGAUUCGCUCCCCAUUGUCAGGUAUUUAUUGGAGCAAGAAAAGGGACUUCUCGAGCUGUUAAUGACAGCCAAUGAUAAAAGUGGCAUUAAAAGAAAAGUUACUGUGUAUCAGAAAAACAAAGCAGGGAACACAUGCUUGGAUUUGGCAGCAGCCGCUGGUGGGCUGGCAAAGGACAAGGCUGAAUUACUCCUUAAGAUGAUGUUAGACAAGGUCAUGAUGUCUGCAGCUGGAAUUGAUUUAGAAAGCGUUUUUAAAAUGAUCCAAAUCUCUCAUAUAAACGUCGCAGUUGAAAGUGGGGACGUGGACCUGAUGGAAGGGCUGUUUGGUAGUAAUCCAUUACUACGCCGUUUCUUUGCUUCCAUGCCGAAGAAGCCGCUGCCUCACGUGAAGAUAUACACCGGGGCGGCGCAAAUCCUAGAGGAAUGUUUAAAGAAACUGAAACAAGAGAACGCUAGUAAAAGAUGGUGCAAGUUACAGCGGGGAAAGAACCUUCUGCAAGACUUCAUGCGGGAAAAUGCAUCUCAGUUUCGUUUAGCUAGUACAAACAGAAUCAUGAAGAUCAAAUCAGCUUCUGUAACUGGCGAAACGCUAUCUGGAACUCUGUGGGUUCGGUACUGUACUCAUUGGUAUAAUAACAUAAUUUGUAUGGAUCCCCGGAUAUAACCAUGUCUACAUGUUUGUAGGAGAUGAAAACAUAAACUACCGACCCCUAGGUGGAGUAUGCUGUCAAAAACGGGGCAUGUUGAUUACGGCUCGCUUGUUUUUAACAUUUGUAACCGUUUUAAAUAGCAUUUUAAGAUGACAUUUUUAUACCUCUUUAAAAAUAUACUUUUUAUUCACUUUCUAAACUUUGUAUACUCGUAUAUGAUCUUUUAAAUAGGCCACUGUGUUGCGCAUUUGUUAAUGUUAAGUUAAAUGGAAAGAUGUAAAUAAUACAACAAAUAAGUAUAUUCUCCUACAGUAUUAUGUAAAUUACUUUCAGUAGUUCGUGUUUGUUUUACAAAUUUUAAAUGAUACGAAGACUGUUAAUAUACAUGGAACUAUAGUA